AGAAACCACCUUGCCAGCUCUGUCAUCAUCUAGGUUUGCCAUUAAGGUACCUUUCCAGAGCGUUAGACUUCGUGUCGUAGCCAGUGUGGCGCAAGACGACCCUGAUUUGAGACUUCCGAGCUAUACCACACCUCGCAAAAGGAUUGAUGAGGGUCGUGAUGCUACCUCACCGCAUCCUAGUCUAGCUUCUGAUGCUAUAUUCGACUAUGGGGCGUGGAACUCAAUUUCGACAAGCACUGGUCGUCAGGUAGGUAGUCGUGACCUCUGACUAGUAUAUUAAUCGCGGUGGGCAUCCACUGGAAAUCUCCUUCUCAUCCACAACAAAUACAGCUUGCUUACUGAUCAUCCUUUGCUCGGAACCACAUUCGCUCCAUCCAUCAUUCGCUUUUGACCAAUCGUCCUAUCACUUGAACCAUCUUCCGAAGUUUUGUAUCUCGGCAUCAAACAACAGCAUCAACAUACAUCUAUCCAUAUUUCAAGAUGCAUUUCACCACUACCUUUGCUGCUGUUGCCCUCCUGGGAACUGCUUCUGCACUCCCUGGCAAGUUCCAGUUUGAGAAGCGUACCUCGACCGACUGCGAGUCUGCCUACAAUGCUUGCCGUACCAAGUAUGACGCAAACAUGUCCACCUGCGCUUCGCAGUAUGCAUCUUGCCUUGGGUACAACCCCUUCACUGGUGUCGCUGGUCCCACUGCCUCUGUGAUUACAGAGACUGCUCCUAUUGGAACUGGCUCUGCAGUAACAAAGACUGAAGAAGUGUACACCACAACAACCGUCUGCCCAGUCACCUCAACCGCCUGGAAUGGCAACAGCUCGACCGUCAUCACCACAAGCACUACUAGCACAAUCACGGUCACUUCAUGUGCUGGUGGCUGCCACGGUGGCUCUGCUACCAGCAAGCCUACCACUCAGGCCGAGGGUAGCACUACCGUCAAGACACACGCCAUUCCUACCGAAGUAACAUCGACAAUCACUAGCUUUGUGCCUUGCUCAACUCCCAUCAUGUCGAACAGCGAGACUACCUUCUUCAGCACCUGGUUGACCGUAUCUUACCUCACAACCACCUACAAGACCGUGACAACCAGCUACGAGACCAUCCACCCCAAGCCUACCACAGUUCAGGUCUCCACCGCUGUUCUGCCCGCCAGCACUCUUACAGGACAUGCUACCGGUACUUGCGCCGCUCCUGAGACUGUCUACGAAACCGUCGUCUCUUACGUGACCGUCUAUGGCGAACACAAGACCGAGACCGCUCCUGCUGCCACCAACACCCCCAUCCAGCCUGGUUCUACUCUCACCUGGUCUCACACUGGCUCUGCAAGUGGCAUUGCUAAGCCUACUGGUUGGGUCCACCCCUCUGGCUACGCUAAGCCCAGCGGACACUAAGCGUGUCCCUCAACUAUGCUCGGCACUGGGCAUUUGUACAUGACCCACAGACCAAAUGUACAGACAUGAAUAUCAUAAUCUUCACGACACUCCUUGAUGCCUUCAAAAAAUGGGAUUAAAAGCGAACUACGGCUUGGUAUAGAAGGAAGGACUGGGCGUUUACUUUGGCAUUUGCUUUUGCUUGGACACGUUCUACAGUCUUGGUGCUCGCGCCACUCUUAAUGUGUUUACAUAGCUUUGUGUUGUUUUGGUUUGGACAGUUUAUAGAGAUUUAGCGUUUAUCAUGCACUUUUGGCAUUCUGCAAUCAAUAAACUAUAUGGAACACUC